AUGGCGACGAGACCUUAUAGAAAAUUUACUGAUGAUGAAACUGAUGCAUUCUUCGAAGGCGUGGAUAAGCAUGGUUACGGAAACUGGAAACAAAUCAAAGAAGAUCCUGAUUUCAACGAGAGAUUGGCGACUCGAUCUACAACGAAUUUGAAGGAUAAAGGCAGGAAUAUUCUUGCAGAAAUAGUAACCGCGAAGCAGAAGAAGAGUCCGACGAAAACGAUUGGAUCGAAAACGGAGCAGAUCUCGAAAGGUGAAGGUGAUUUUUCGAACUUUUUUUGGAUUUUCGAACUUUUUUUUAUUCUCUUAGAGGUAACACAGAGGGAUAUGUUAGAAUCUCUAAAACUCGUGUGUUUUCUUUUCUUGGUCACAUCGCUUUUGCUAUGGGUGCUCAUUUCGAGACAUGCUUGA